AUGGGUGUGAAAGAAGCUGGUACGAAGCAGCGCAUCGUGCCUACGGGCGACCAGAUCCGGCUUGCAAAGGUCACAGCGGAGCCUCUUGAUGAAGACCAAGAACAAAUGAAGCGUCUCAUCAAAAAGGUCACCGAGACCACUCUUUGCACAAAGGCCCAGGCAGAAAUCGCACUUUUCGACAACGAUAACAAUGUUGACUUGGCUGUGCUGCAGAUCCUCGACAAUCCAGACCUUGAUUGGACCGAGCAGAAGAACAAGAAGGACAAGAAGAAGGAAGAGCCUCCGAAGUACGCUCCUCGUGGCAGUCAGACGUCCUCAAGGGGCCGCAAGGAAUGGGUCGAGCGUCCAGCUGCCAACCGUGGAGACCGUGGUCCGCGACCGAUCCAAGGAACUACCACCAACGGAGGUACCACCCAGUCGCGUGGACCUUCUCGGGGAGCAGCCCAGAAUGGUCGUGGUCGAGGUGGACGUCAGCAGACCAAUGGCAGACCGGAGUACAGCAAAGCUUCCAACAACCAGGAGCAAGACGAAAAUUUCGAUUGGCAGAAUGGACCGCUCGUCUUCAAGCGCACUGACGAAUCUGCUUCUGCGGAAACACAGCCGGCUGCCACGACUCCAGUUGUCAACGGCGCUACCAAUGCUGCGGGCCCGAUCUCAUUUGCCGCUGCGGCGGCGGCCAGCCUCAACAAGGAGAAGCAGCGUAUUGAGCAGCAGCAGAAGCUUCAUCAACAGCAGCGCGUCGUCGAAACCAAGCCAUCGCCCAGUGUUGAAGACACACCGCCGGUUACCGAAUCAGUGGCCAGCCCUUCAGUACAUGCCGCCGAUGAGUCUGCUGAACCGGAAGUGGAGGAGGAUAUUGAAGUACAAGUGCAACAGGAACCUAUUUCGGUCCCACAGAAUUCUGCGGCAGAAUGGACGAACAAACUAAAGUCUGAGCUUGGAAUCGGCGUGACUCUACCGGAACCUUCCUUCCCUACGGGCCCCAGCGCAAAGGCAGUUGAAUUUGUGUCGGAUGCGGCUCCUAGCUACGGAUCAACGUUGUCCGAGUACCAAUUCGGAUUCAGCGCAGAUCCCGUUGAACUGCCACCUGCACAUUCCAUCAGCCAAGUCCAAGCAAAUAAUAUUCCUGCUGAAGCUCCUCUCUUUACUCGAUCUCCAAUUGCCCCGUCUUCUAGUCAACCCGCUCCCCCAACUCCCGUCAAAGCUGAGCAAAUCCAACAGCCAGAAUACGUCUUGAAGCAGCAGUCGCCUACGGGAGCCGUACCCUCAUCAAACUUUGGUCAACCGAUACGACAGAAUUCUGGUUUCUCGUUGGAAUCGCGGAGCGUCAACUAUGCGCCGCCUGAAACGCAGCACAUCAACCAGCAUCAGAAGCAGACGAUGACGCAGACGACCCAGCAUUCGGUCAACGUCCCGAAUGCUCUACCGCCACAGCAGGCCCAGCAAAUGCCCUACGCGCCGCCGAAUGUUUAUAGCAACUAUCAACCAUACCUCGGCAUGUACAGCCCCAUGCGAUCUGAUGACGCCGGUUUCGCAGCCGCGACUCUGAUGCAAUUCCCCUUCGGUGUUGGACAAAUUGAUCUCACGAACCUCCUGCCUACGCAGAGUUCGCUAUCCGGCGGCCAGGCGCAGCCGACCCACCAAGCUCAACACCGCAACGAUAAUCACCAAAUGAUGGAUCUCAACAAAUACACGGGAAUGAACACAGCGCGGGAAAAUCCGGUCGGGCCGCCUCCUGGCUUCACGAAUAAUGGAUAUAUGCCGCCUCAUCAGCCGCAGAACAUGUUCCUACCGACGUACCAAAGUGCUCCCUACCAGUACAUGGUGCCGCCGGUGAAUGCACGACCAAUGUACAAUGCUUCCGGGGACGAGGAUCGCAAGGCCGGAACAUACGACCGAGGCAACGCAGGAAAGGGUGGCGCUCAGCAUACGCCUCCUCCACACUUCCAACAACAUGGCGGAAAUGCCUACAUGAGUGGACUCGGCAAGCCCAAGCAAUCUCAACCCUACGGCGCGCCUGGGCAUGCCUGGAAUACU